UUCCCGCCCCCCCUUUCUCUAAAGCGAGCCCCCCACGCCUAGCAGGAGCUAUAUAAGGCGGAACGAAGCAGGCGACGGGGGCAGCGCAGCCGAGCGGAGCCCAGGAGAGGAGAGAGGAGAGAGAGAGCCUGAGCGAGAGACGGGGAAGCAAGAAGGAAGAAGCUACCGGUGCGUCGGGACGGGAACGCAGGUGUUCGGAGCACCGGAGCUGGAGCUCUGCAGCCGCUAGUCAUGUACCGCUCCACCAAGGGCGCCUCCAAGGCGCGCCGCGACCAGAUCAACGCUGAGAUCCGGAACCUCAAGGAGCUGCUGCCUCUGGCCGAAGCGGACAAGGUCCGGCUGUCCUACCUGCACAUUAUGAGUCUUGCUUGCAUCUACACCCGCAAGGGCGUCUUCUUCGCUGGAGGCACUCCUCUGGCGGGCCCCACAGGACUUCUCUCAUCUCAAGAGCUUGAAGACAUAGUGGCAGCACUACCUGGAUUUCUACUUGUGUUCACAGCUGAGGGGAAGCUGCUAUAUCUGUCUGAGAGUGUGAGCGAACAUCUGGGCCACUCCAUGGUGGACCUCGUUGCCCAGGGUGACAGUAUCUACGACAUCAUUGACCCAGCUGACCACCUAACUGUGCGCCAGCAGCUCACCCUGCCCUCUGCCCUGGACACUGAUCGCCUCUUCCGCUGUCGCUUCAACACCUCCAAGUCUCUCAGGCGCCAGAGUGCAGGCAACAAACUGGUGCUUAUUCGAGGCCGAUUCCAUGCUCAUCCACCUGGGGCCUACUGGGCAGGAAACCCUGUUUUCACAGCUUUCUGUGCCCCACUGGAACCAAGACCUCGCCCUGGUCCUGGCCCUGGCCCUGCCUCACUCUUCUUGGCCAUGUUCCAGAGCCGUCAUGCUAAGGACCUGGCCCUGCUGGACAUAUCCGAGAGUGUCCUAAUCUACCUGGGCUUUGAGCGCAGUGAACUGCUCUGUAAAUCAUGGUAUGGACUUCUGCACCCCGAGGACCUGGCCCACGCUUCUGCUCAACACUACCGCCUGUUGGCCGAGAGUGGAGAUAUUCAGGCAGAGAUGGUCGUGAGACUGCAGGCCAAGCCUGGAGGCUGGGCAUGGAUUUAUUGCCUGUUAUACUCAGAAGGUCCAGAGGGCCCUAUUACUGCUAAUAACUACCCAAUCAGUGACACGGAAGCCUGGAGCCUCCGCCAGCAGCUGAACUCUGAAAACACCCAAGCAGCCUAUGUCCUGGGCACCCCAACCAUGCUGCCCUCAUUCCCUGAGAACAUCCUCUCCCAAGGGCAGUGCUCUAGCCCCAACCCACUCUUUACCCCAGCCCUGGGGGCUUCCAGAAGCACCAAUUUCCCUAGUGCUCCAGAGCUGGGUGCUGCCUCAACAUCAGAAGAGCUUCCCCAAUCCCAAAAAGAGCUGGGCUUUAGUUACCUGGCAUUCCCGUCUGGCUCUGAGCCUUCUCUUCAUGCAGAUCUGAGCAAGGAUCUUGUGUGCACCCCACCCUACACACCUCACCAGCCAGGAGGCUGUGCCUUCCUCUUCAGCCUCCACGAGCCCUUCCAGACCCACUUGUCCACUCCAUCCAGCUCUCUCCAAGAACAGCUGACUCCAAGCACUGCAACCUUUUCUGAUCAACUGACGCCCAGCAGUGCAACCUUCCCAGAUCCACUGACUAGCCCACUUCAAGGCCAGCUGACCGAAACCUCAGCCAGAAGCUAUGAAGAUCAAUUGACUCCCUGCACCUCUGCCUUUCCAGACCAGCUGCUUCCCAGCACCGCCACCUUCCCAGAGUCUCUGGGUAGCCCUGCCCAUGAGCAGCUGACUCCUCCCAGCACAGCAAUCCAAGCACACCUCAACAGCCCCAGCCAAACUUUCCCAGAGCAACUGAGCCCCAAUCCCACCAAGACUUACUUCACCCAGGAGGGAUGCAGUUUUCUCUAUGAGAAGUUGCCCCCAAGUCCUAGCAGCCCUGGUAAUGGGGACUGCACGCUCCUGGCCCUAGCCCAGCUGCGGGGCCCCCUCUCUGUGGACGUCCCUCUGGUGCCCGAAGGCCUGCUUACACCUGAGGCCUCUCCAGUCAAGCAGAGUUUCUUCCACUACUCUGAGAAGGAGCAGAAUGAGAUAGACCGCCUCAUCCAGCAGAUCAGCCAGUUGGCUCAGGGCAUGGACAGGCCCUUCUCAGCUGAGGCUGGCACGGGUGGGCUGGAGCCACUUGGAGGUCUGGAGCCCCUGGACUCCAACCUGUCCCUGCCAGGGGCUGGUCCCCCUGUGCUCAGCCUGGACCUGAAACCCUGGAAAUGCCAGGAGUUGGAUUUUCUGGCUGACCCUGAUAACAUAUUCCUGGAAGAGACGCCCGUGGAAGACAUCUUCAUGGAUCUCUCUACCCCAGACCCCAAUGGGGAAUGGAGUUCAGGGGAUCCUGAGGCAGCGGUCCCAGGAGGGGCCUCAUCGCCUUGCAACAACCUGUCCCCAGAAGACCACAGCUUCCUGGAGGACCUGGCCACAUAUGAAACCGCCUUUGAGACAGGUGUCUCAGCAUUCCCCUACGAUGGGUUUACUGAUGAGUUGCAUCAACUCCAGAGCCAAGUUCAAGACAGCUUCCAUGAAGAUGGAAGUGGAGGGGAACCAAGGUUUUGAAUAAGUCUGUGACUUAACGUCGUCAAGUAUGGCAUAUUGUCAUCAAGACGUGGAGCCGCUCUCCACCCCCCCGGGACUGUUGGGGGGAUUCUGGGGGCCGGAGGGGGAUAUAUCUGAUUCCCCAGGCCCUGCAGGAUUUUGGGGGGGGGGAGGUGGGAGGGCAAGGGAGGGGAGCUUCUUUUUAAAAUUUAGAGACUUCAAGCAAUCCCAGUUUCCAUUUCAAUCUGUAUUCACUCGUAGUGAGUUUCCUUGAAUGGGAUUUCAAGCGGAGAAUGGGGGAGUCUCACUUCCCCACCCCCCGCACUACCCCAUGGGCCUGGGCCAGUUCUCCACUCCUGGGGGCCAAGCCACCCCUGGGCCUUGGUGGGGGAAAGGCAGCGCCCACCUGGGCCAGCCUGUGCCCUCAGGGGCUGACACCCACGUAGAAUUCUCUACACACCAGUAACGGGAUUUCAAUUCCGAUGGACUCUGCCGCCCUGGCGGCCCUUCUUGUGACUUUUGCGCCCCGCGCCUGGGGUGGGGGGCGCGAAGAGACGCUACGUUCCUUUCCGAUGGAGGAAGGCAGACCUGCCACUGUCACACGUGCGCUUGCACGAGUGCGUGUACCUGGUACGGGACUCACCCGGCUGCCAGACUGCCUGGGCCUGCCCAGGCAGCCACCGCGUGGUGCUGCGGUGACUUUGUAGCCAACUUUAUAAUAAA